GGACCCGGCGAGUCGGGCGCGGAGCGCGGGGCCGGAGCGGCCUUCCCGGAGUCCUUUGCGCGGCACCUGGCGACAAAAUGGCUGCCCGAGGGAGACGGGCGGAGCCUCCGGGCCGGGAGGCGCCGGGCCCCGCGGGCGGCGGCGGCGGGGGCCGGUGGGCCGAGUCGGGGCCGGGGACGUCUCCUGAGAGCGGGGACGACGAAGCGGGUUCGAGCCCAGUGUCGGGCGGCGUGAACUUGUUCGCCAACGACGGCAGCUUCCUGGAGCUGUUCAAGCGGAAGAUGGAGGAGGAGCAGCGGCAGCGGCAGGAGGAGCCGCCCCCGGGCCCGCCGCGACCCGACCAACCGGCCGGCGGCGCCGCGGGCCCCGGGGAUCCGAAGAGGAAGGGCGGCCCGGGUCCGACGCUCAGCUUCGUGGGCAGGCGCAGAGGCGGGAACAAACUAGCCCUCAAGACGGGAAUAGUAGCCAAGAAGCAGAAGACGGAGGAUGAGGUAUUAACAAGUAAAGGCGACGCCUGGGCGAAGUACAUGGCGGAGGUGAAAAAGUACAAAGCCCACCAGUGCGGCGACGACGAUAAGACGCGGCCCCUGGUGAAAUGAGCCCCCGCUGCCUGUGGCCGGACUCUGCGCUGUACAUAAGUAUUGACCGCGGCGGCGCUGGCCUUCCCCGAGGACUGUUCACGCAGCAGCCCGGCGGCGCCCGUGGCCGCGGCCCACUCUCCGGGACUCUUUUGUACCUGAGCACUUGCCUCCUGAGACUCAGAGAGCAGUGGUUCACUGCCCCCCUGCCUUCCCGCCCCCCCCCGCUCUCGCCUCUGUCCU